GCUCACCGGCCCUGCUCUCCCCACAGCGAGCGCCAGGAUGGGCCCCCCGAGGAUGCUGCGGAAGCAGAGCUGGGCCCUGGUCCUGGCCGUGGGCACCACCCUCAGCUUCAGCCUCUCCGUGCUGUGGAGGGUUCAGAGCCGUGCCCCCCCGCUGGCGGAAAGAGCCUCCUUUGAGGGUAUGGCAUCAGCGUGCGAACCAGGGAUCGGCUGGCUCACGACCUGUGCCACGAAGCCCAGCCCUGAGGCCAGGGAGAUGGCCGCGGAGCAGUGCCAGGAGCUGGGGCAGAAAUUGAGCCGGGGGGUCCUCCCCAUGAGGCUGGACGAGGCCUGGAUCUGGAGGCAGCUGACGCUGGUGCAGAGCUGCCCCUGGGCGCAUAACGCCAGCGCCCUGGGCCGGUACAGGGAGCAGCUGGGACGCCGCUGUAAUGCAACGGCCAGGCUGGUGCUGACCCGGGACAACACCCCGCUGGGCUCCCGGAUCGUCUACGACGGACAGCGGGCCAAGAAGUAUGUGGUGAAGGAGGAGCUGCUGGAGAUGCUGCCGCAGGGCUCCCCGUUUCAGGACGCCCCCUACGAGUGCUGCGCCGUGGUGGGGAGCGGGGGGAUCCUUCGUAACAGCAGCUGUGGCCCCGAGAUUGACCGUGCUCAGUUCGUCAUCAGGUUCAACCUGCCCCCCAUGGACUUUGCCGAGGACGUGGGCACCAAAUCGAGCGUCGUCACCGUGAACCCCAGCAUCCUGGAUUUACGGUUCAGGGGUCUGAGGUGGCGGCGACGUCCCUUCGCGGAGGCGGUGGGCACCUACGGGGCCCCGCUGCUCCUCAUCCCGGCCUUCAGCUUCGCCGGCAUCAGCGCGGUCUCGUUCCAGGCCCUUUACACCCUGGAGGACUUCGGCUCCCCGGCCCGGGCCCUCUUCAUGAACCCCGAGUACCUGGCGCGGCUGGAUGGGCACUGGCGUCUCCGUGGGCUGCGUGCCAACCGCCUCUCUUCGGGCUUCAUGCUGGUGAACGCCGCCCUGGAGAUGUGCCGGCACCUCACCCUCUACGGCUUCUGGCCCUUCCCCGACGACCCCGAGGGGCGGCCCCUGCCCCACCACUACUACGACAACCAGCCCCCCAAGCCGGGCUUUCACGCCAUGCCCGAAGAGUUCACCCGCUACCUGGGCCUGCACCUGCAGGGCGCGCUGUGGCUGCAUCUGGGGCGCUGCCGGUGAGGAGUUUCCACCGGCAUCGUCUACGGAAAACCCGCCCCGGCCUCUCGCCUGGCCUUCUCCUCUCGUCACCUUGGGAAAAGAUUUGUCCCGCCGGGGCCGAGCGAGGCGUCCCUCUUGGACCAGGUCCUGGGCUCCACUCAGGACGAGCUCGAGCCUAGUUCCCUCCACAAUGCAGGGCCACUCCUACACAAGCGAGGAAAGCGGCUUUCCAAGCUCUCCGGCCCGUGCCCGAGGCCCUGGACCUGCGACCCCCCGCCCCGGUUACCGCCUGGCCUCACCAGGGGCAAGAUCGCCUGCGGCUGUAAGCUAGGCCUGCCCCAGCUGGCCUCUGCCCUCCUGGCGGACCCCGCCAGACGCUGCCAGGCCGGACCUUGGGGGGACCCUGGCUGCCGGCGGUCGCUAAGACCUGACAAACUCGGAGCUGGAGGCCGCCCCGGCGCCCUGCGUGUGGGGUCGGCUCAGAGCCGGGGUGAGUCCGAGCCGAGCGUCUUUCGCCCUCCGACUGCGAGCGGCUCGUAA